AUGGCUUGGUCUAAUAAUCGUACUCAUGUUCGAUGGUCAUCAAGGCAACAUUUUCUUGUGUUAACUUUUGUUAUUAUAUACAUUCCAUUAACAAUCGUAGCUCUUGUAAUUCUUCGUCGUAGUUCUGUCAAUUUAUCUAAUCAAGCUGUUCAUAUAAAACCGUUAACUGUUGCAUUUUCUUUUAAUGUUACGUAUGUGUUAGUUGAUGAAUCUAUUCGAUCAUUUACUGAAUUUAAUUUAAAUUCUGUUGAUCGAGUUAAACUAGCACGUGAUUUUGAAUAUGGUCUUGGUCUAAGUGUUCAAAAUGUAUUAAAAAUUCAUAAUAUUUCUCCAGUUACAAUAAUCGGAAAAAAAUCCAAAUCUCGACAUAAAAGAUUUGUAAAAUGUGAUCCAAAUGGAGCAAAAGGGCCUGCUCUUAUCUUUGAUUUUAAUUUAACUUAUCCAAUAGAUCAUAUGUGUAAAGAUGAAAAAUGUAUUAAUCAAACUUUUGAUGCAGUUUCUAAAAAAUUUCGCUCUGUUCCAUCAUUAUCAAUUGAUUUUGAAAAUGUAUCGAGAGAAAUACGCUUAUGUUCAAUGGAUAUAUCACCACCUUCUACAACUAUUCAACCAUCACGAGUACCUACUUCAUCAUUAUCAACAACAUCAUAUACGCGAACCUCUACAACAGUAUAUGUAUCAAAUGAAGAUCCUACUUUAAAUGCAUCAGUAUCAAAUGCAACUAUGUCAUAUACUGAAACAUCUACUAUAUCUGUACCGUCCACAACGAAUACGAUAACUACAAGUGAAAGUUUAAAUUCUACAUCAAAUCAAACUAUUUCUAAUAUUACUACUUGUCUAGAAAAGAUAUCAAUGACUCAAGAACAAGUACCUCCAUGUCGAAUAUUGCAUACUAGUACAUUAUUUUUUCAAGAUGAUCGAACACUUGUUGUUAUUGGUGCAUCAAAAUUUGAAACUAUUAUUGAUAUGCAAAUAAUAAAAAGACAAAUUAUAAUUGAUGGUGUUAUGUUAUAUACAAAUUGUCAACGAAUAUUAGAUACAUCAUCGCCAGUAGUCUGCUAUCCUUCUACAUCGUCCUAA